GUAGACGCCAAACACUGCCUUUCUUCGUCUCCUUCCUUCGACGGUUCUUUGACGCGAAUCCAAUUCCCUCUCCUUCACCCAUGAUCUUGAAAGAAAAGGAAGGAUUGUGUGCGAUCGAUUCUACGAUUCCUUCUCAAGGUCGAAUUCUGUGCGGCGGUGAGUGGGUUCGGCGCGGCGAAUCGGAGGAAGACGAGGUCGCCAGAGUUUUGGUUUGUUUCUUUUUGAGGCUUUUUCCGAGUUCGUUUAUCUACGCCGAGGUAAGAGGGUGCUGUGGGAGAGAAACACGGAGGCCAUGAAGCUGUAUAGGAAUGGGGAGAUUUGGGGUUUCGAGGCUCAGGUCCCGCCGAGUCCCGACGGGGGCGUCGUGCUCGGCGUCGAUGGAGGCACCACCUCCACGUUGUGCGUAUGCCUUCCGGCCUCCUGGCCCCUUCCUCAGCCCUUGGCUGUCCUUUCCCGAGCCGUUGGUGGAUGCUCUAAUCACAAUUCCGUUGGAGAAAAGGCUGCUAGGGAGACCCUAGAGGAUGUUAUGGCCCAAGCUCUUUCAAAAGCUUCUUGUAGUCGCUCAUCUGUACGGGCAGUUUGCUUGGCUAUAUCUGGAGUUAACCAUCCUUCAGAUCAACAGAGGAUAAUUAACUGGCUCAGAAAUAUAUUCCCAGAUAAAGUUGCAUUCUAUGUUGAAAAUGAUGCUGUUGCAGCGAUGGCCAGUGGAACAAUGGGCAAGCUUCAUGGAUGUGUAUUAAUUGCAGGCACAGGAACCAUUGCUUAUGCAUUCACAGAGGAUGGAAAACAAGCCAGAGCAGCUGGUGCAGGACCAGUUUUAGGGGAUUGGGGGAGUGGAUAUGGCAUUGCUGCUCAGGCAUUGACUGCAGUCAUCAAGGCACACGAUGGGCGGGGGCCUCAGACAAAGUUAACAAAGAGUAUGCUUGACAUGCUUCAACUUUCUUCACCAGAUGAACUGAUUGGGUGGACUUAUGCAGAUUCUUCUUGGGCUCGUAUUGCCGCAUUGGUUCCCACUGUGGUAUCUACUGCUGAAGAUGGUGAUGAAGUUGCAAAUAAGAUUCUAUGUGAUUCUGUUCAAGAGUUGGCAGAUAGUAUUAUAGCAGUUGUAAAGAGACUGAGAUUGUGUGGCGAAGAUGGCAAGGAGACUUUCCCGCUCGUAAUGGUUGGCGGUGUUCUCGAAGCUAAUAAGAGAUGGGAUAUUGGUAAGGAAGUUGUGAAGUGCAUUUCCAAGGUUUUUCCAGGAGCUCUACCUAUUCGACCUGAGGUAGAACCAGCAGUAGGUGCUGCAUUAGUAGCCUGGAAUCGAUAUAUCAGAGGAAUUAAAGAUGUACAGGAAGAAGCUGAUUCCCCUCAAAUCUCAGUCACAUAGUAACACAUCUAUAGCAGCUGAUGAUCAUUAAAAAUGGCAUACUAGAGAGGAGAGUCAUCACCAGUAAACAACUCAUUCUUUUCUCUUGCAAAGAUUUCCCUGUAAAUGAGAAUCAAUUUGGUUGGGCCUAAAUUUGUAUUUCAUAACUGGUGUUCUUAACAAGAUUCAUAUAUAAUCCUGGUUUCUUCUUUA